CACGUAUUCUCUCGCUCUGUAUUAUUGCUCUGAAACCAGCCACCAUGGGGAGUUGAGGGGGUAGUCGACGGGUUAUUUUCGUUAAUAUUUAAUACCAGAAAGCUAUCCAUAUGCUGCGUUUUGGAGCACACAGUUCGCGCCAGUAUCCCCAAUGCAGCGGAUUACGGGGAUCGGGCUUUCAGAGACGGGUGAAUUGUUUGCCAGCAAAAUCAUUGCUAGAGGGCAAGAUCUGAUCUCUGCCUUGUGCAAUCAGAGACAUGAGUGUUGUCAGAGAAUUACAUGGGAUUGGGUACAGGGGCGGUGGUGGGGUUGUGGCCUCUCUGAGCGGCCCUACCCACUUUACCGAGGAUGCUCCGCGACCCCCAGUUCCUGGUGAGGAGGGAUCUGAUGUGGACCCCCCAGGCCAAUCAGUCGGCACCCGUCCAAACACCCUUUUCCAGACCCUCAGCUAUCUCCCGUCAUCCUCAUCGAAAAUGGGGGAUCCAUCAAGCUACACACCCUCCUCGUCGUCUGCGACCCCGCGUCGCCCUGAUCUGGACUUAGGAUAUGAACCUGAGGGCUCUGCUUCACCAACGCCACCUUACCUGAAGUGGGCAGAGUCGCUUCACUCCCUCCUAGACGACCAGGAAGGCAUCCAGCUGUUCCGAAACUUCCUGCUCCAGGAAGGGUGUGCAGACCUCCUCGACUUCUGGCUUGCUUGCUCGGGGUUCAGGAAGACCAGCCAGGAGAAGAGGGCUAAGCUGGCCAAGGCCAUCUACAGGAAGUACAUUGUAGACGGAAGUGGGAUUGUCUCCAGGCAGAUCAAAGCAGCCACCAAGAGCUUCAUCAGAGACUGUGUGGGAAAGCCGCAUCCAGACCCUGCCAUGUUUGAACAGGCCCAGAUAGAGAUCCAGAGCAUGAUGGAGGAGAACACCUACCCUUUGUUUCUGAAGUCGGAUCUGUACCUGGAGUACACGCGGACCGGAGGGGAGAGCCCCAAGCCGAACCCCAGUGAUCAGAGCCCUUCAUCGGGUCCAGCCAAGCCUGUGCCUGGGUACUUACCCACACUCGCUGAGGAUGAGGAGUGGAGGUGUGGAGGAGGAGGAGGUGGAGGAGGUGUGAUGCCAGUGGAGGAAGAGAAAGAUGAGGAGGAGUGUGGAGACACACCAGCUGGUAGGCUGACUCAUAGCCUGCUGAUGCAGACGGCACCGCAGAGAGCCUCGACCAACAGGAGGAGGCAGGACAGCAGGGAGUACAGGCCGUGGCGAGAGCCGGUAAACCCGUACUACGCCAACAUGGGCUAUGCUCGCGCUCCAGCAACCAGCGCCAAUGACAGUGAGCAGCAGAGCAUGUCGAGCGACGCUGACACACUGUCACUGACCGACAGCAGUGUAGAUGGUAUUCCUCCAUACAGAUAUCGGAAGCAGCAUCGAAAAGAGAUGCAUGAAAGUGCCAAAGCCAAUGGACGUGUGCCCCUACCUCAUAUACCUCGCACGUACCGCAUGCCAAAGGACAUCCACGUAGAGCCUGAGAGGUUUGCAGCGGAGCUCAUCAGCAGGCUGGAGACGGUUCUCAGAGAGAGAGAGGCUCAGGAAAGACUCGAAGAGAGGCUGAAGAGAGUACGACUGGAAGAAGAGGGUGACGAUGCUGACAUCUCCGUGACAACCUCCAUGUCUUCUCAUAGCAUACCACUCCCCAUCCCAUCGUUUCCACCUCUCUACGGCGCCCGCUACUCAGAGACCACUGCUAACACGGCAACAGUUGCCACUUACGGCGGCCUGGUUGCCAUGGAGGAUUCCCAGGAUGACGACCCGGAAUCUAUUUUGGAUGAGCAUGUGCAACGCGUGAUGAAGACGCCGGGCUGCCAGUCGCCAGGGGCAACCAACAGCACCUUAGGAGGAGGCGGUCGGCACACUCCUCCCAAAUCGUCGCGCUCACCUGACGGGGGGACGGGCCCGCCUCACUACCCCCCACACCGAGGGGGAGGUCACAGUCUGCCUGCUGCUGGGGUCAAAGGUGUUCAUCACCACAAGCAGCUGUACCACCACCGAGGAAGAGAAGGCCAGGAGGAGGCGGGCUCUCGGUCUCAGGCUAACUUCAUGUGGAACGGAGACCCGGCCAACCAGUACGCAGGGAGAAGUCGUAACUACGCCGACGGUGCAGGAGCCAGCACGAUCGAGGGCAUGGGUUACAGUAGUAAAGGCAGUACGCUGUCGAGGCGAGGUUGUAAGAAGGCAGCAGAGACAUCAGGCAAAGGUGAUGAGAGUGGGCGGGGCAUGGAGACCCAGGUACCAAUGGAGGAUCUGGAGAGAAACCAGAAGAUCCUGCAGUGGAUGAUGGAAGGAGACAGACAAAGGAAGACCUCACAUGGUGGAAGCACCAGUAGCUCCAGACGGACGGGAGCCAGCAGUGAGUCACCACGUCCAACUUCAGUGGAGCGGCCCGGUGCUGUGCACCCCUGGGUCUCCGCCCAGCUGCGUAACAACCCCUCCUCAGUGUCCACCGCCAUCCCCGGCUCAUCGUCCACCCAGGUCCAGCCCUCGCACCCUUUCAUCCAGGACCCAGCUAUGCCCCCCAACCCGGCUCCCAACCCCCUCACCCAGCUGGAGGAGGCUAGGAGGAGGCUGGAGGAGGAGAGGAGGAGGAACGCACUACAGCAGGCCAAGCAGAGGCAUAAGUCUGGUAAGCGCCAAGUGUGUGAGAACAUGACCGUCGCCUACUACUUCUGUGGAGAGCCAAUCCCAUACCGAACAUCAGUCAAAGGCCGGGUGGUGACUUUGGGCCAGUUCAAGGAGCUUCUUACCAAAAAGGGCCAUUACAGGUUCUACUUCAAGAAAGUGAGCGACGAGUUUGACUGCGGGGUCGUGUUCGAGGAGGUGCGUGACGAUGACGCCAUCUUGCCGAUCUUCGAGGAGAAGAUCAUUGGGAAGGUGGAGAAGGUCGACUGAAAUUUUUGGAAAACGGGAAGAUGACACAGAAUUGCAAAAAGAUGAUUUGGAAAAAAUAAGGAGAUGGGGAAGAGAACAUUGGGUCCGAAGAGAAUUUCACCUGCGAGAAAAUGAAAGAAAGUAGAAAGAUGGAAGGAGCAACGUGUGGACAGAAGGAAGAUCGUGCUGCAUGGUAGAAGCUUGAGUUUUAAGGAGGUGGUUAGUUUUACGGAAUAUCUGGAUAUCUGCGUCACGCCUGGAUCAAACCCACAAUACAGCGAAAGGAGCUUGGCCAGAUGAAACCUGAGCGGAGAAAAGGAACAUAAAUUAUUUCACCUGUCUUGUCUCCACUGUGGAUAUCCGAGGAGCGCUGUCAAAAUCUGAUGUCUGACCAGUCUUCCACUGCUAUGGAUGGAGGAAGGGUGCGUGUGUUUGGGGGGGGGGGGGGGUAACUGCUGGAAGGAGGAGAGGAUAAAGUAGUCUUCCACUUCUGCUCUGGAGGAGUCUGUCCUCCGCAGACCAUUACGAUGCUGCUACAUUACCACAGAAACUCUUCAAUCGGUGCUCAGGACAGUAAACGAAGCAGUUUUGUUUCCACUCGGGAGUCUCGCUGCCUUUUGCUGUCUCUGUUCCUCAUCAGCUGGUGACGGGGGGGAGAGGACAGAGGAUUUUGGGGGAGUGGAAUUUUGGCCUGCUUCUCCUCUCGUUGACUUCAUAGCCUCAAAACAGAAACUUUCUCACACUCGAUUCCUAGAUGUCAUGUAGUGAUCUCUCACGUCAACAUGUUCAGACAACAGUUCUCCACACAACUUGUUUACCAAAGCUACAUAUUUUUGAUAAGACAAGUAUCCUAGCUACUUGUUUCAUUUUAUUGAAUUGUGUAUGUACAAGGCAGGUACUAUUACUUAUUAAUGCAGCCUAAUUUCGUUAUAUCUCAACUUAAUGUCGUAUUAUUGUGUAUGUUUUGAAGCUAGAUCAUUAGUCAUUUCAGGGCAGCCAUUUUGUUUGUUUUUUUCCCCCGCUAUAACACAUCUCUGCACCUCAGUUCUGUUUACCAUUUUGGAGUGUGCAGUCCUGCUCUGCUGCACGAUGGAGUUUAAUCAUAGGAUUGCCUUUUUUUUUUGUUCCACCUCUCAAAGGUUAUCAUGAAACACAAGAGCGCACACUACAAAUGUGCCAUCUAUGACCACAGUAUCUUUUUUUGUUUGUUUGUUUGUUUGUAACAAAUCACACUGUCACCUCAUUUAUGUCAUUCUUCUGCUACACUGAGAGCCUGUGUACGUAACUCCGGACUCAGUCUAGGUGCCUGCCUGCCCGGCCAGUGCCAUUACUAUCUAGAAUGCUUAUUCUGAUGCGUGUUGAGUGUGAAAGCCUGUGUCAUGUAUGCCUGAACUCAGCCAAAGAGCAUAUCGCGCGCCCCAUAUGCCUACACGCGUGUCUGACCAGUCCAAGUCCAAGAGUAUCUGUUGUAUUUUUAUCUUUUUUUUUUUUCAUAAUCAGCAGAAGGGAUCAGCAGAAUCUUCUUCCUCUUUGCAGAUUCCUAAACUUCAAACGUCGUAGCGCAACACUGAGUUUAAAAUCUGCGGAACUGUUUGAGAUUUUGGGAAAUGAUCUUAUUUGCUAUCUCGCUUAGAGCUACUUGAGAAAGUUGUGAAAAUAUGACACUUGAUUUACUGUAUGGCAAAUAUAAAGCUAUAGCCAGCAGUUAGCCUAGAAAUAAAGACUGAGAAAGGAUCUGAAAACAAGCCACAAGGACGAGCUCCAGGCCUCGACAUCAGUCUUACGCGGUGGACAAAUUGAGCAUUUAUAACAUCAAGGGAAAAAAGACUUUAAUUAAAGCCUUGUACAGGUAAAACAAACUGGGGCUGCAACUACUGAUUUGUAUGCCAUCCAUGUUCUUAUUUGGUAUAUAUAUAAUUGUUUUGUUUGAAUAGUUGAGACUUAUUUUCUCUCACAUUUGACAAAAAAGCAGCAAAAUGAAGAAACUAACCUGAGAAUAUCUGCUUCACAAAUUAUUUUGAUUGUUCACCAAAACAACCACUUUUUUAAGUCACAUGUCAAAUUAAUUAAGUUUAAGGUCUAAAACAAAUUUUACCCUGUUUUGAGUCUUUAUGCUAAGCUAAGCUAACUGGCUGCUUGUGUAUAUUUUAUGCACAGAUCUCAGAAAUCUUUUCAGUCUAACUACUAGCAUGAAAGCAAAUAAUCAUAUUUUCCCAGAUGUCAGACAGUUCCUUCACACCUCUCUCAUCAGUACAGUACUGCAGUAAGGCCUUGAGGCCAGAAUAUCGUAUAAAGCACCGUGCAGACAAUGCACUGAUCACACACCAGCUGUGUAAGCUGAAUGUAAUUUGACUUUUUAAAACUUGUUCUCAAAGGAAAUCCCUUCAGUGGUCACGUCAUCAUGUCUGUCCUCAGUCUUGAUGUCAAACUGUUGGCCCGAUUAAGUGUUUCGUGUUAUCUAUGCUGGUAGUUAAUUGAAUGUGUCCAUCAAACAAAGAGGUCCUACUGUUCGUCAAGCAGGAAUGUCAAAUACAAUUUGUCCUGGGUUUCUGCCCAGUAAGGGAAAACGUAGGAUUUGGAAAACAUAUUUGUCCUAACUUCAGCCCAUUAUGCCUUCAAUAUGAAAUUUAAAAUUUAGAUAUGUAUUUGUUUAUAAAAAAAAUGUAAUUUUAAUAAUCACCAAGCAUGUUCUUUAUAAGGAAUGUUUUCCUGAUGAGUUGAAUUAUCUAUUUUGUUUUAAUGUUUAUGUGCGAACUGCUAUGGCCCUCUGAUAUAUUUUAUCUGUUUUGUUAGAAAGAACGCCCAGGGACAGUUGAAUGAUACCAUUUGUUAAGAGUUGAUUCUUGUGAUUUAUGAUUCGAUGGACAAAACAAACAACUGCGUCUUUUGUGUUGUCAAUUUGUGUGAAACACAGUGCCUUUAUCAUGUUUAUCUUUCAAAAUAUCUUUAUUGAACCAAUCCUUGCUUUUAAUGUAAGUUUUUAUCUUUCGGUCAGUCCCGUUGUAUUUUUAGCUGCAGUCAUGCUUGCUCACUUCUGUUCUGAUAGAUCCUCUGCUGUAAAUAUGUACAUUAUCAUUUCAUAUGUGUCUUCAGACCUGCACCACAUGUCCAUGGUGUUUCUGUUUUUCAAAGGUAAACGCCAAGAUGUCACUGUGCUGGUUCCACUUGUACAUUUCUUUUAAAAAGGUACUUCAUAAUAAAGAUGUUGAAUAAACACUUA